UUGUCAAGGUAAGGUGGCUCUUGACUUCGUUAAUACACGAUGCUUGAACGUAAGCAUAAAAGCUUGGUAGAGAGACAGUUCUGUAAAGUGUAGGACUUACAGGAUGAAGCUUUGCUUUUGUUCCAUGCUCUCGGGAUUGCGCCCAUGUUUGUGGCGAAGUAUUCCGAUGUGUGUAACAGUGUACGAAUGUGGUCUAAGGUAAGCCGUCAGCUGACUAGGUGAUUGAUACUGGGCAAACAGCCUUACGUCUAAGACCCUGGUUGUCCGAUGGACAAGAAUCAGGCUGGCAAGCUUCUUCGCUCCAGCAUCAAUACAUCGAGUCUGCUUCUACGAGAGUCCCAUGGACGACACUGAUGUCUCUCGCCAGGGGGUCGAGGAAUAUGUCGAGCGACUGCUCGCCUUCACGGGCGGGAAGAAGCUGCCGCCAAAAACUCUGUUCAUACUGGUCAUGGGGAUGACGGGCGCUGGUAAGAGCAGCUUCGUCAAGGCCUGCACAGGCAAGCCGGUGACUGUAGGCCAUGGCCUGGAUUCCUGCACAGCAAGCAUUGAAAUCGUCGAUUUUGAGCUUGACGGUUACCACAUCUAUAUGAUUGACACGCCCGGCUUCAACGAUCCUGACUUGAACCGCUCUGAUGAGGUGAUCCUGUCCACUAUCGGGACCUAUCUAGGCUGCUCCUACUCCAGAAACGUCUUCAUCCAUGGCAUCGUUUACCUCCAUCGCAUUAAUGAUAACCGCAUGACUCGAUCCAAUACACAAAACAUUGAGAUGUUCAAGGCUCUCUGCGGCGAGGAAGCCUAUUCCAACGUAGCUCUCGCCACCACCUUCUGGCCGCCGUCCCCGGACCCAAACGACUUGAAGAUACUCCUCAAGCGCGAGCAGGACCUGACGCGAAAGGCGUCAUACUUUGGCCGGGUUAUCAAUGGAGGUGCUCGCAUGUUCCGACACGGCGAGGCGGGGCACACGCAGAAAGACUCAGCUCACGUCGUCGUAAGGCACCUCAUCCGCCAGUCGCAACUUUCCCCCGUCGUCCUGCUCAUACAGCACGAGCUCGUCGACGAAGAGAAGAAACUGGGGGAUACGUCGGCCGGGGCCGUCAUGGCCGGCGAUCUGCGUAAGCUGGCGCAGAAGCAGGAAGAAGACUUUGCCGCGUACAAGCGGGAUCUCGAACGCGAUCACCAGCAACAGCUCCAGAUCAGGCAGAGCGCCCACGCAGCCGAGAUGGCCAACCUCAAGAUGGACCUCGAACGCCGACGACACGAGGACGAGCGCGAGAUCCAGAGCCGGCAGCACGCUGACCAGAUGGCUGCGAUCCAGAAGAGCAUGGAUAUCCAGCUCCAGCAGCACAAAACCCAGAUUGCCAUGCUCCAGGGAAACAUGCAGCAAGAAGCCCAGUUGCAGCAGCUGAAGCAUCAGCAGCAGCUCCAAGACAACGCCCAACAUCUUUUGCUGGCGAGCCUUCAAACCCAGUCUGAGCAGCAGCAGCUCCGUGAUAACGCCUACCAUGCCACACUAGCUGGACUCCACCAGGAGUAUGGGCGACAGCAACUUGCCAUGCAGCAGCGGGAGCAGUACCUCGCCUGUUCCCUCCAGGGUCUCCACGCGCGGGAGAGGAGCAGAAUAAUCAACGGCCUUAGGGCUGCCGAGGCGCGAUACGUGGCGGAUCUGCGGUCGACCAGAUCGGAGUUGAAGAAUCUGAAGAACUCCAUAGCCGCUGUGCGCGAGGAGGCCGCCGCGCUGGCUCGUCAGCCGGCAUCGACAGCCCGGGCGCGUCAGAAAGCGGAGCAGCAGAUUGUCCAACGCCAGCAGGAGAUCAGCCAAGUGCAACAGGUGGUUGAGAGAAAGGAGGCAGCCAUCGAAGACUUCAAGUCGACGCGGAGGCAGCUAACGGAGAAGGUCGCCGAGAAUGCGACGGCUGGCCUUGUUACGGGCCUCGCCGGUGGAGUAGCUACUCUCGCCGGAGGCCUCGUUUGCGUUGUCCAGUGAGGACGAGGAACACGGCAGUGGUAAGAACGGGCUCAGGCAACAUGGCUUGACGGUUGUUUUGACGAAUCCUUGGGAAAAGGAUCUUUGCACAUUCGUACCUGGGUUUCAUUCAGUCCUGGCAUGUCUAGCCAUUCUUGAUAUUCACCGUUGAGCUCUAAUGUAUCUUAUCAUUACUUCAACUGAGAGAGACCACCGUUGAUGUGUUACGAACUGACCACCAUUUCGCUUUGGCUUCAUUGAA